GGUACCAUUACUUUGAACGCGCCAAUGAGGGCUCGAUAAGACUUUCGUCCAAUCAGCGCCUUGACUGCAUGCUUUAAAAGUGGGCGCUGAAAUACGGUGAAGCAUUCCUCUCUUCGCUUAGGUGUAAGCAUUUUACUAAAAUGGCAAGAACGAAGCAGACAGCUCGCAAAUCUACUGGUGGCAAAGCCCCCAGAAAGCAGCUGGCCACCAAGGCUGCGCGCAAAAGUGCUCCGGCUACCGGUGGCGUGAAGAAGCCUCACCGCUACAGGCCAGGGACUGUGGCUCUGAGAGAAAUUCGUCGUUAUCAGAAGUCUACCGAGUUGCUGAUCCGCAAGCUGCCAUUCCAGCGUCUGGUGCGCGAAAUCGCUCAGGACUUCAAGACGGAUCUGCGCUUCCAGAGCUCUGCCGUCAUGGCGCUGCAGGAAGCGAGCGAGGCGUAUCUGGUUGGCUUGUUCGAGGACACCAACCUGUGCGCCAUCCACGCCAAGAGGGUGACCAUCAUGCCCAAGGACAUCCAGCUGGCGCGUCGCAUCCGCGGAGAGCGCGCAUAAAGUUGAGCGGGCGGCUAUCAAAUUUCGGAAACCCAAAGGCUCUUUUAAGAGCCACCUCAGAAGUCGUAGAAAAGCGAAAUCUCUAGGUGUUGAAUUGAUCUCUACACUGCUCUAUAUUUGGGGAUAUGGGGAAUGUCGAAAUUUCUACUAAUGUGUUUGCAGGAAGUAUCGAACGAAACGUCUUCUAGUCUUCUGUAUGUCGCAAGUACUCAUAGGUAUAUCUUUACCGAAAAAAGUCUUGUCAUCUGUGCAUUACUACACGAUAUGCUGUACUAAUGAGAACAGCGGUUGGCUUUCGCUGUUCACGUGGAGUGUACUUCGUUCGAGCAAUUUGGGAACGUGGUAGAAGUUCAAGUAUGACUCGCUUCCCUUUGUUCUUACCGCAGAGCCGUUGAAAAUAAUCGAUUUUUAUGAUUAUUCUGAAAUUGAUGCGUACGCUGCUGGUAUGAGUGUCACUGUAAAGCUUUACGACCACUACAAUUGGCGCCAUAGUGUUGCUGUUCGGAGACGGUUUUAUGCUUUAGUGCUGUCUGCGUCUGUUAAUGUGUUGUGCGAGGGAAACCCUGUGACUGGUAGCUGACAGUUUUAUGGGGUAGUACCGAGGGGACGAAGGGAGGGCGGUAUAGCGGUAACUUGAUCUGGUUUGGGGAUCCAGGAAGUGAGGACGAACGAAAGCGAUUAAUGGGGGACAGUCAGUGUCAGGAAUCAUGAACACAUUUUGGGCUUGUUUUAGACAGCAUUGUGCAGUACUUGUGCUGAUAAUUUUACCGUAGUCUGUCAAUCCGCCGUUGUCUUUUUCAGUUACAGAAUAGCGACAACACAGCACUUUAGCACAGAUCCAAUAUGUUAAUUUGAAGUCCAGAAAUAUUCAGUAUGCUAGUUAUAGCAGCUUAAGUGGUUGUUAGGUUUCGUUUCACUUAUUUUAUCUCUGACGAGUUUUAGUGCAUGCAACUACCGUCACCUGCUGGCAGAGAAUUUCACCAGCCCAUUUCUAGGCCUGUUUGCCAAAAUGUUAUAGAUUGUCAUACAUCCUUUUUUACCUUUGAAGAAGCAGAACGCAACCCCUACAUUGUUGCUAGUUUGGCGACGUUUCUAAAGAAGGAAAAAGCUUGGGAUCAUAUAUUGUAGUACAAGAUCAUAAGUUCGGCCCUUCAAGCUCAUUUGGUUUAUCGUUUGGAAUUGUGGAAUGUGGAAGGGUUGAGUUCAUCAGGUUUUUAUUCAGUUUCCAAGAUAUGGGUCAAAGGGAAGUGUCAGAUAAUAGCAGGGGUCUUCAUGGGCUUCUCCACUUUGACCGUGUUGGGGUCACACUCCAGCGUCUCGCGGAUCCACUUGUCAUCCAUAGCACCCUCGAUGAACUCGUCCAGACUGAUGAUGGCUGCGAGGAGAGACGGUCAUGCAAUGCCUGAGCUCUCCACAGCCUCACCGGCUUACAUUGUAUGCAUUAAAGAUUACACUAGCUGUACAAACCCACUAUUGCUAUUUUAGGUUUAAAAAUUCCAAUUUGCUUCAAUAAUGUGACACAAGACAAUUUAACAGUAGCAGUAAGGUACCUGUUUUUCCCCAUUUUUUCAUUUGGUACAUGUGUAUUACGACUUUAACAUAAGGAAUAAUAACAGUUUUUAGUUACCCUAAAAUGCUUUUUUACGCCCCCUACCAAAUAAAUGGGUAUUUAUUGGCUUAUGUCAUGAAUAUAUUUCUAUAUUAUAUGUUUGUGAUCGCUCCCCAACCAAGUAUCAACUCGGCUCCCCUCUCCAAUUCUAGCCAUGCCCCUGAAUUCUAUGUACUAUUGCAAUAUUCCAUUAAAUAAAAUGAUUGUAUUAAAGA